UUUUAAGUCUGUUUUCUUUUUUCUUAAUUUUCAGUUUAAAAAUUGAUAUUUUGUUCAUGUUUUCAUUUGGAAUUGAAUGUGCAGUGCUCCCAGUGCCUUUGUAUAUAUGGAAAUAAAUGCUAUUAUGAGGAUUGAGCCUUUUUUCAGUUGUUUUAAACACACUGCAAUUAUUUUGCACAUAAUGUCACUGUGAGGUUAGUGUCAGUCUGAUUUCAGGAAAUCGCGGCUAGUGGAGAAUAGAAUGUCCCACAGGGAAGGUUUGAGAACAGAUUCUAUCUAUUUUACCCUGAAUGGGGCACCAUUUCGGAUCCUGGGAGGCUCUAUCCAUUACUUUCGGGUGCCCAGGCCAUACUGGAGAGAUAGGCUGUUGAAACUGAAGGCUUGUGGCCUAAACACCCUCACUACGUAUGUGCCAUGGAAUCUACAUGAACCAGAGAAGGGAGUGUAUUGCUUCAGUGAGCAGCUGGAUCUGGAGGCAUACAUUCAUCUUGCUGCAGAACUAGGCCUGUGGGUGAUUCUUCGUCCAGGACCAUACAUAUGUGCUGAAUUGGACUUAGGUGGCCUUCCCAGUUGGCUGCUGAGGGAUAAAAAUAUGAAACUGCGAACAACUUACUUAGGAUUCACAACAGCAGUUAAUUCCUACUUUGACAAACUCAUACCAAGAGUUGCACAUCUUCAGUUUAAAAGAGGAGGCCCUAUCAUUGCAGUACAAGUAGAGAAUGAGUAUGGCUCCUAUGCAAAAGAUGAACAAUACCUGAUGUUUGUGAAGGAGGCUCUACUGUCCAGAGGAAUCACAGAACUUCUGCUGACUUGUGACAACCGCGAGGGUUUAAAAUGUGGAGGCGUUGAGGGAGUCCUUCAGACCAUCAACCUUCAGAAAUUGACAUAUGGUGCCAUACAGUACCUGGCUGACUUACAGCCCCAAAAGCCAUUGUUGGUGAUGGAGUAUUGGUGUGGCUGGUUUGAUGUCUGGGGAGAGCCUCAUCAUGUAUUCUCAGCACAAGAUAUGACUGCAGUGUUGAAAGAACUUCUUGAUCGUGGUGUCUCCAUCAACCUAUACAUGUUUCAUGGAGGAACCAGCUUUGGCUUCAUGAACGGUGCAGUUGACCUUGGCUCCUACAAAUCACAGAUCAACAGCUAUGGUACAGAGGUUGAAUAUUUCUCAGUUGAUUAUGACGCUCCAUUAUCUGAAAGUGGGGACUACACCAACAAAUAUCAUCUCUUGAAGAACCUGUUGAGAUCCUUCCAAAACGAAGAGUUACCACACCUUCCUGCAGUCCAAGGCAAACGGGUGUAUGAGCCUGUGGUCCUUUCUGAGCAUAUUUCCUUGUGGGAAAGUCUUCAGUGUGUAGACAGGCCAUUCAGUUCAGAUGACCCAGUGAACAUGGAGGACCUGCCUGUCAAUCAUAAUAGCGGCCAGUCAUAUGGAUACACACUUUAUGAGACCACCAUAUACAGAGGUGGGGCCCUUAAUUCAAGGAACCAUGUUCGUGACCGAGCUCUAGUGUUUAUUGACAAACACUUCUCUGGUGUUUUGGAUUACAGGACACAGGAAAUAGUAUUGCCCCAAAGUGAGAGGGAGAGAAUUCUGAGUCUUCUUGUGGAGAACUGUGGGAGAGUUAACUAUGGUCCUGCCCUGGAUAAACAGCGGAAAGGCCUUGUUGGCGACAUCACUCUCAACCACAUCCCUCUAAAGAAGUUCACCAUGUACUCAUUGGACAUGACCCACAAUUUCAUAAACAGGUUGCAGUCACUGAAAUGGAAGUCUACAAAUCAAAAUCCCCUCUACCCUGCAUUCUUCAGAGGUAGUCUGGUAGUGGAAGGUCAGCCCAGAGAUACCUUUAUCAAGCUGCCGGGGUGGCGCAAAGGAGUGGUCAUUGUGAAUGGGCAAAAUCUUGGACGCCACUGGUCUGUGGGUCCUCAGGAUACCCUCUAUCUCCCUGGUCCAUGGUUGAAGAGUGGAGAUAACCAGCUUAUUGUGUUCGAGGAGCACAGAGCUGAAGGCAAAGUCCAUUUUGCAGAGAAUCCACAACAUGGCAAGAUAACUGAUGUGUCCAGACAACUAUUUUGUACUCUCCUCUAAAAAGGAAUUUUUCUUUUAUUUAAUUUCUUCUUACAUUCUCAAUUCUAGAUUGUAAUCUGCACAGGCAAAGUCUCCUAGACUGUGCCCCAGAUUGUUUUCUUUUUCCUGAAGAGGGGCUAUAAUUCAUGUACCAUUCUAUUCCCAUGCAAACAAUACAAUUUAACUACAUUAGCAUUAUUAGCAUGUUUAGUGACUAGCCACUGGACUCUAAAAUGUGUCUUAAAUGCAUAACUAACACAAUGUUAUACAACUAAAAUAUGUGGAUUUCAUGUUUUGAUGUUUCUUGAAUGUCACAGGGCCACAAUGUUUGGAAAGCUUUUUGUCACCCUGAAAUGUAUUUCUCCAUUACAUACAAUGAUAUUGUAGUUUGUAAUUCAAUUCAAUUCAAGUUUAUUUGUAUGGCGCUUUUUACAACGAUGUUGUCACAAAGCAGCUUUACAGAAGUUUGAAAACAUACAGUUAUAACAUAUAUCCCCCAGUGAGCAAGCCAGAGGCAACGGUGGCAAGGAAAAACUCCCUCAGACUGGCGGAAGAAAACUUAGGAGGAACCUAGACUCACAAGGGGAGACCCAUCCUCCUCUGAUCAAACAGUGUUUACAAUUUAAUAAGCUAAAUUACAAAUAAAAGCUAAAAGGAUCUCUGUUUGAAUUCUGAAUG